UGACUAUGACUGCCUCUGCCGACCGUCAGCCUGAUCUGUCCGGCUCGGGCGCUGAGACGUCCAAGCCGCGCCAUCGAGCGUCUGUCGCCUGCGUGGCCUGCCGAGAGCGCCGGACAAGGUGCGUCGUCAAUGCAGGCCAGGGCGCGUGUACGCAGUGCCUGGACAGUGGCCAGGAGUGCGUCAUCAAGAACGAUGACCAGCGGCGAAAGCCUGUUUCUAAAGCAUACGUGAAUCUACUGCAAGACCGCAUCCAGCAGCUGGAGAAUGCCCUCCAGGAGAAAGAGACCCAGUCGGAAAACCACACACAGAAUAAUGAGCAAAAUCAGAAUAAUCAGCCCGACGCUUCCGGUGAUCACUCGUCACCGUCCGCGCAGUCGGACUCGCACAAUAUCGCCGUCGAGACACCUCCCUCCCCAGACCCCCCCGUCUUCCCCCAUCCAGACACCAUCUUCCAACAGCAGGCUUCAGCAAAUUCACACAGUUCACCGUCCAGAUCGCAUACGAGACAAGCCUCCAUGACGCAUCGACUGUUGUCCACUCGCGGCCAUGUCAGCUUCGACCAGCUGGCAGGCCGCCAACGCUACUUUGGUCCCACCACCAACUGCCAUAUAUACUUGGACCCUUCUUCAGAGUCGGAGGAGAGUCGGGGGCAGGCGAGAGAGCAGAGUCGGCGGACCCAGCGAGUGCUGUCUACCUUAUCGCAGGCUUCUCAGGACUACUUGAUGCAGCUAUAUUGGAAAUACUACAACUCUGUAAUCCGCGUAGUCGACCAAGAAGCCUUCGAAGAGGGCAAAGAAGCCGGCGGAGGACCCUUCUACUCGGGCUUCCUGCACAUCUGCAUUCUCGCAGCUGGGUUUCGCUUUGCAGACAAGCAGCGACCAGACAUGAUGCGCAUUUCCCUCACGAGCAGAGAGUCUCUCCUGCACCGCGAGGCCAAGUAUAUGCUGGACUACGAGAUAGAGCGACCGGGCGGCCUCCCCUCCAUCGCUGCCCUGCUUCUGCUCGGUGAUUUGGAGGUCGGCUGUGGUCGUGAUAAUGUCGGCUGGCUGUACUCUGGCAUGGCAUAUCGACUGUGCUUUGAUGUUGGCCUGCAUCUCGACCGAUCCGGCUCCGGCCUCUCCCAGAGCGACAUCGAGAUCGGACGCAUGACGUUGUGGGCGUGUGUGAUCUUCGAUCGAUACUGGGCGCUCUUUCUCGGUCGUCCAACAGCUCUGAAGCCAGACGAUCUGGAAAUCUACGAGCUCUCACAGCAGUUCGACCGGCUGGGCACGUCGCAGCCAGGGCCGGAGAAGAGCCUCGAGAUGCAGAUAUACCAAGCCCUCUUCGAGCUCAUGGAGCUCGGGGGUAAGAUCACUGGGAUCCAGCAUAACAUGUCCAGUCGUAACCCCGAUGUCGACCGGGUCAUGCAUCUGCGCAUGGCAGCGCUAGACAGCGAGCUGGAUCGAUGGUAUGCCCGCCUGCCACAGCCCCUGCGAUACACUGCAGAAAACGCCAGUGCGGCGCCUCCGCCGUUCUUCCUGUUGCACCAGCAGUACUAUUCCACCAUGAUCAUGCUCCAUCGUCCAUUCGCUGGCUACGACGACAUCCUCGACAGCAGUGGCCAGCGCAGACGAGAGGACAGCAGCCCCUCCGACCCAGCCGGAAAGCAUAUGUCGGCGCUUUCCCACGCAACCUGCACAAAAUGCGCCGGACGCAUAGCCCAGAUAUUCUGGCAGCAGCGCCAGCGCUUCGACGCGAGACGCAUCUUCGUGACCGGCCUGCAGCAUGCCGGAAAUGCAGCUACUGCGCUGGUUGCGGCCAUCGCCUCGUCGACCGACCUGGUCUCCAACGACCGCAGCAUGAGAUAUCUCGAAUGUCUGGCCGCCGUGCUGGACGACAUGACGGAGGCAUAUCAGCCCGCUGAACAGAUGGCUGCCAUACUCAAGUCUGUCAUGCAAGAGCUCAGGGAGCUUCAGCCAGCCCUACAACCGUCCAACUCAAUACCAGCCCGCAGAGGCAGCUCAGUAGAUUGCGACAGCGAGCCGGAUCAUAUGCCAUCGAAACGAGGCCCAUCGACCCGGGCGCAGGCAAAUGCACAGUCUAUGCAAUCAAUGUCAUGGCCGGGCGAGAGUCAAUUCGCGAAACCUGCAGCAACCGCAAUGUCGACCAUCAUGCCCUCGCCAGCUCUCACCUACCAGUCAAUGGCAGAGAAGCCUGCUGCCCGUCGCUAUACAGACCAAGACAACCUCAUCGCCGACAGCAACAUCGCCAACAUGGACGACUCCUGGUCCAUCUUUAGUGCGCCAGAUCGCUUCGCCAUCAACAACGUCAUGGCCGGCCACGGCUCGCCCUCAGCCUUCUGUUCCCCCUGGCCCAGUGCCGACACGCCGUCGUUCUUCCGGCUUGCAAACGACGCGACAAUCGAGCCAGGGCACGGCAAUUGGUGAGAGCGGAAUGGGCGCUCCUGGCAGCGGCGUCGAGGGCAGUCUCCCUGAAGCAUCAGGGCUUUCUUCUCACAGGAUUACGCAUUCUACUGACUCGGCCUUUUCUCCAUUGAACUCGCGGAUACGAGGCCAGCAGGGGAAGAGGAAAGCCCCGGGGAAUAGGCCAGACAAUAUUUGGACGGAGAUAAUCAGCUAACGUUUAUUUUGGAUAUUACCUUGUGUGAAUGUAUUUCAAGCGAGCCGAUAUAGUACCAAUUCCUGUG